GCAAAACAUCAAACAAAAGGUCAGCUGAUGAAAGCAGUGUGCCACAAAAGAGAGGCAGACCAUUCAAACAGAAAGGAACAGGGACUCUAAAGAUCCACACUCAAGACUGUAAUGUUGUGCUGAGAAGGCUUGGUGGGGGCAGGGAGGGCAUCCAGUCUGUAAACAAAACAAAUGAAACCAGAACAGUGUGCAGUAUUAGAGGUGCAGAAGAGGAGCAAAGACCUCAAGAGAGCAGUGAUGGUACUGUGAAGUUGGUGCAGGAGGCAGUGGGAGGGACUGCUGGUAUUCUGCAUAGGGUUGAAUAUGGGAAAUAUAUAAUCUGCCUCCUUGACACCAUGGACACGAUACUUAUCAUGGGAAAUCAAAACUCGCCCAGUGAAACUAGUUAUGGCAAGGAAACAGAAGCAACUACAGGAAAGACUUCCAAAAAAAAGAAGAAAAAAGCCCAAGAAAGAGAAAAGAGUACAAGAACUCAUACUGGCAGCAAUAUGGAAGCAAACACACAAGUAGAACAAACUGCUAACAAAAUUACUAACAUAGAGAAAAGAAAAAAGGUAGAUCAAACAACUAAAAAAACUAACAACAAAGAAAAGGAGAAAAAAGCCAUAGAAAAACAGCAGACAGUGGAUAAGAAGGCAAGGAGUAGCACAAGAACUGAAUCCUCACUCCAUCAUAAGGUGAUGCAACAGUCGGAGUCAACUGUUGAACAUCCUACAGUGAAAAAGAUGGGACAGAAUAACAGCCGAAAAAGGGAGCACAUCUCAAACGCAGUCAAGUCACCGAAGAGACAAAGGAAUGAGUCAAGCGUGCCCGCCAAGGCUUCUGUUGCAGCACACCUGGCCAUAGAUGCCAUGUUGUCACCUGGGCAGAAUAGCAGCAUUGUUCCCAGCAGUGAAGGCAAUGUGCUGAAGAGAUUACAUGUUGAUCCAGAUGCAGGAACAGAUAAAGCUACAGGUCAGUUUAUGCAGCAUGAACCUUCGAACACCGGUGAAUCACCAAAUCAGCCAAAAAAAGCACGUGACCUAGAAGUCUCUGACAGAAGUCUUUCUUCCGAUGGGUCAGAGUCAGAGUCACAGGAUGAAGAUGGAUGGCUUACUGAUAGUGAUGAAGAUGACAUGAUUUCAGAAUUUAGUGCAACCCAGAAAAAGGAGAGCCUCCAUCGGACACAAGAAAGGCUGAAAAGAAGGAAUUACAGACCAAAGCACAGAGAGUCAGUGAGCAAAAUUAUAUUUGAUAGUAACGAUGACAUCCUUAUUUUGGAACCACCCAAGCCUGUGCCCAUGUCAGAAGACAAGGAAGACAACACAAAUUCUGAAAACAGCCAGAGCACAAAGGGGGUGCAAGGCAGACCCUUCAUGGUAUCGUCAUAUGUUUCCUUGAAGACCCAAAGAGCCAAUAGGAGAGCUGCAGGUGGACACCAGCAAAGCCUGACCACUAGCAGUUCCUACAUCCAAGGCCUCAUCAAGAACUCCAUCAUGAAAAAUGUUCCAGAGAUGAUGACUUCGGCCUCAACCAGGGUACCAGUGGACGGUCAAACGGAGGAGGAACCUGACCCUGAGGACAUGUGGGAUAUCCUGCCAGCCCUCCCCCAGCGGUCCUCCAGCUCCCUUGCCACAAGGGCUGCCCAGACCAGCCUGCAAGAAUCUGGCAUAACGGAGACUGCAGCCACUGCUCCAGAGAGGCCAACAACUGUCACCAGCACCAACAUUAGUGGUGCAGUCAUCACAUCAAAGGCCUCCAAGUUAAAGAGGAACUUCUGGACAAUCGACAGCGAUGAGGAGAAAGAGGAUAAAGACACAGAAGAGACAGAGUCACUCUUCAUGCCCACACCCCCCGUGGCCUCACAGCUGGUCCAAGAGAGCACCGUGCUUUCCAACUACAGCUCCCAUGGCCCUGAGCAUUGGAUGUCAAUAGCUAGAGCUAUAGGGAAGCGAAAAAAGAACUCCUUCCUGAGACUUAAAUUCCUGUAAAAAUGCUGCAUAAGUCUUAAGGUAAUCUAAUAUUUAAUAUUAUGUUGUGUGAAGAUUAAUAUCGAUCAGAGGAUUUAAUUUUAAUAAUGUCUAUUUUUUUCACAUUAUGUAUCGCCUCUCUCCAAGGAGGGCGAUGUUAUUGAUUGUGUGGAUAUUAUACUAUAUACUUGUAUCCCACCACAGGCUCAAGGGCCAGUGUUACGGAGAAGAGCACCAAGGCCAUGCGCUCCUACAGCGUAUGCCCCCAACUUUAUCUUUAUUUAUAUAAAGUUAUUAUAUAGUAAUACAUGUUUGUUCUAAUAACAAGGUUUCAUUAGUGUCAUAAAAAUCUUGCAGAAUUUGGGAAGUGUAAAGGGGCUAUCGUACUGGGCAAAUUUUCUGUCCAUAUCAAUAGUUUUUGUGACCAUGUGUGCCUAAUUAAACAAGAGUGUAAUGUUGUGUCGGAAAGAUGUAAGUUAUUGCCAGGUGCGGACAUUUUUUCUGCGGCGACUGUAGUUGCUUGGGUGAUGCUGUGAGAGACAGACGCACAGAGUCGCUUCCCUCUCUACUAUACGCAGUUCUACACUGCAGCCUUGACAUUAAGGUCCCUUUUUUAUUUAUUUAU